AUGAAUAGGACGAAGCUGCAAUCUCCAAUAAAGGGGAGGGAGAGCGAAUGGAUGGAGAUCACUCAAACGCAAGGAAGUGGACCUAAACAAUCUUGGGCUGAUGAAGUGGAGCAACAGGAAGCAAAUCUGGGUAAGAAAAAUGAUUCUCUGUCUUCAAUUUGGGACAAAUUUGAUAUUUCCAAAAUCUCAAACGCUGGGUUCAAACUAGAAUUUGUUAAUCCAGAAAGUGUAGGAGAGCAGAGAAUUGGGGAAAUUGAUGUAGAGGAUAUAAGCUCGGAAAUUGACUACUGGCAGAAUGCUGUGGUAUGCUAUGUAUUAGGGGCACAUCCACCAUUCACUGUGUUAAAUGGAUAUAUCCAGAGAAUUUGGGGUAAACAUGGCAUCAAUAAGAUAGCUAUGCUGAAGAAUGCUAUUGUGAUAGUAAGGUUUGACACUGGGAUUGGGAAGAAUGAAGUUAUUGAAGGAGGGAUUUACCAUUUUGAUAACAAGCCACUGAUUGUGAAAGCUUGGAACCCGGAUAUGGAGUUUUCUAGGGAGGAACUGGCGUCGGUACCUAUCUGGAUAAAGCUGCCUGGCCUGGAUUUCAAAUAUUGGAGUGCAAGAGGUUUGAUUAAGCUAGGUAGUCUAGUGGGGAAGCCGUUAAUGGUGGAUAAGAAUACAGAAAGGAAAGCAGGACUCAAUUUUGCUAGAAUACUAGUUGAAGUGAAAAUGGGAGAGGAGCUACCGGAGGAAAUAAUGUUUAGAAAUGAAAAAGGAGCAGUCAUCACACAAACUGUUACCUAUGGGUGGAAACCAACCAAAUGUGAGGUAUGUAACAAGUAUGGUCGCAAAGGUGAAAACUGCAGGAAGAAUAAAGAAGCUCGCAUAGAACAGACUGUGGCAGAGAAGACUACACAAGUUGAUGUAACAAAGAGUAAAGAAAAAAGAUACCUUGUAGCAGGGGUUUUACAUAAGCAAACAACAAAAGAGGCAGAGCCGGAGGGGGGAAAUGGAGGAAGACUCAACAUGAAGUAG